UAGACAUCAUUUAGUUUUUUAUGUAUUUUGUAACGAAUAAAAGUGAUUAGAAAAAGACUAUUGAUUACACUGUUCAAGAAUUCUAACACUGCUUUAGUAAUUGACCAUGACUUUCGGCCGGCAUACGUAAUAACAAAAUAAGGUCCAGCCGGUGACAAGAAGCGGAUGACGGCGAAGUCUCGUCGCGUCAGAUAUCGCGAAUAUAUAAUCGACGUUUACUCUACCGCCCUCACAUUUCGAAUUUAUGUCGCGAAGACGGUGCGCCCGUCUCGGUUGAUGGUAUAAUCAUACGUGAUAAAUAAUUUAUUUUAAUAAGUGGCUGGUAUAGAUAGAAUACCAACCGCAAUCCGUGCAUCGGUGGACAGUGUUUAAUUAAAAGGCUGCACGAGGGAAUUCUAGGAACAUGGAGUAUAAAUCAUCAAUGACUUAUAACCUAGAUCUCUCACCAAACUACUCAUACAUUUUCGACUUCGAGAAUCAUUUUAUUCAUCAGGGUUACCGAAAAUGGAUGAUUGAGAACUGGACGAACGCGUUCUACUAUGUCGGAAUUUACAUGGCGUUCAUUUUUGGAGGUCAAUAUUACAUGCAGAAUCGACCGAGAUUCGAACUGCGGCGCACGUUAAUAGUAUGGAACACCGGUCUGGCGUUGUUCAGCAUAAUGGGGGCAUGCCGGACCUUUCCAGAGUUCUUUCACGUACUCAAGAAUCAUGGGUUGUACCACUCGAUUUGUGUACCGAGCUUUAUCGAGCUAGACAAAGUAUCCGGUUUUUGGACGACGAUGUUCGUCCUCUCAAAAGUACCAGAACUCGGUGACACAGUCUUCAUUGUGCUGAGGAAGAAGCCCCUGAUCUUCCUCCACUGGUACCACCACAUCACAGUCCUGCUAUACACCUGGUUCUCCUUCACCGAGUACACCUCAUCCGCCCGUUGGUUCGUCACUAUGAACUAUUUCGUUCACAGCGUGAUGUACUCCUACUACGCGUUAGUAAGUAUGGGCAAGUACCCGCCGAAGUUCUUCGCGAUGACCAUCACCUUCCUCCAGCUCACGCAGAUGAUAGUCGGCUGCGCUAUCAACAUCUGGGCCCACAAUUACAUGGCCACAGCUCCGCAGCGUUUCUGUGGGAUCAGUCAAAUCAACAUAAAAUUAUCUAUGGCCAUGUAUUUCUCGUACUUCGUCCUGUUCGCCAGGUUCUUCUACAAGGCCUACCUUUCGCCCAAACCGGGGAAGAAAGCAAAGAUCGAGCCGGAAAUCACGGCGCCGCCCAAAAAGGAGUUCAAUGGAUACCCCAGACAAAGAAAUGGUGUUGUACACUAGUCCAAUCUGUGAUUUUAAUUAGGUCGAGCCGUCGGGUGAUCUCAGGUUUUUAUCGCUUUAGCCUUAACACGUUCUCUGUAUUGCCAAAUUUUUCUAGACAUAUUUACCCGCUAAAAGGCUUUUUAAAACUCUAAACAUUAAACUCCACGAUUUAAAAUCAAAAGUUUUAAAAAUUAACGAGUCAAAGAUCGAUUUUCCAUUGCUAUUAAUGAAUGAAUCAUAUAACCCGCGUUCUAAUUUUAAAUUAACUAAAAAGAACUGGUUUGAAAGAAAAAGAAAAAACAAUACACAGAUAACAUUCAUGUUAGCGUCAUCUAAUGUUUUUGAUUAUUAAAGCGAAAUGGACGAUUCAAUUUGCUUCACGACGGAAACAGAUGACAGCAAUCUUAAUCGUAUUUGACCUAGGAGUGGACUUAUCGUGUUUUCUGCACGUUUUCACUUUAUCGUAUGUUAACAUAUGUUAUGAUUUAAAUCACUAUCCGGGUUUAAUGUUCUAUAAUAUUGUCUCAACAAUUGAGAACAUUUUAGGUAUUGUGUAUACAUAGAUUAAAAAUCUAUCAUGCUGUGGUAGAUCUAAACUAGAAUAAUAUAAAGAACUACUUUAGAUAGAACUUUGUAGUCUGUGGUAGUAGACAGAGCGGGUAAAUGUGAUUUAAGUGUUAGUCUGUCCUAUAAAAAACCUAGCUCCUAACGAGUAAGUUGCCUCUUGAUAUAAACCAAUCCCAUUUCACCAUGUGCCAAACCAAACUCUAGCACUAUCUUACAUCAAUUUAAUAACGAUUUUAAUAAUAAAAGUUACCAUUUCCUUUGAUAAAAACCUGAAAUUAACUAAAAUCGGCGUCGAUUCAGGACGACCGCCAUUACAUUCCACGCUGGAUUUUUCGCUGGGUCGAACAGUCUACUUUGUUACAAAAUGGCGGCGUCUUUAAGGAUUUGGGGUUAAGUCAAGAUGCCUUAACAGUAGUGUAUGCAGAAAGUAGAAAACUAAAUUCGUGUCGACAAAUUUUCAUACAAAUCGUUUUCGAUUUUCUACAUACACUACUGUUAAGGCAUCUUGACUAAACUCCGUGGUCAGAGACGUCAAAAACAAAUCCCAGUUCUCUGACCAAUUUGUGAACGCUUCUAAUAAAUUUUAACGGCAACGUUCUCGUUUCCAAUAACUAUUAGAGGUGCAGUUAAAACGGGAAUAAAGCAAAAUCUAAAUGUUACGAUUAACGACUCGUUUUUUGUAACAUUACUUUUUGCGAGUAGAUAUAGACUAGACUAGAUUCGGAUUAGGACGGUGAUAUACAAAUUCAAGUUCAAUGCAAUUUUUUUGUAUCGGCUUUUGCAAAGCGUUCAAGUUGUUAUUGUAUUUAUUGAGUGAGUUUUUUAAUUUAUUUGUAUCGCCUGUAUAGGUUAUAAUUUGCUUCGCCAUAAAUCGUCUAAAAUCAAUUCGCAAUCGGAAGUAUUUAAAAUUAUGAAGCAAUAUGUGUCAACGGUCUCAACUUGACAGGUGUCAAAUUCAUUGUCAGCUUGACAGAUUUGAGAUUUCACGUUGACUCGCGUUUCUUACCACAGAUAUUGAAAAAAUCCAAGUUCACUAAAAAUAAUCAAUAUUUUGCAUUAAUAUAAGGCGAAAUUUAGACGAGAGGCGAUUUCGCUAAUAAUUUAUUAUGCUUGUAUAACAGGCAUUCAGGUAGCGGAAAUAAUCGGAGUUCUUAAAUGUAUUUUAUUGCAUGGCAAUAAGGUUUAAAUUUAAUUGCAAAAGGGACUUUUGUCUAAUACCGCUUGUCAAGGUACAAAUUUUUGAACCUUUUAUAGUUUGAUUGGAGAUGAAUGCAUAAAGAAAUGGCUCGUGGUUUGCUUUAGCCAAACAUUGUACAAAGCUUAGUUUUAGCGUUAAAAACAAAUUUUUCCAGUUAAAAGUCGACAUAGAAAAUUUAGAAUCUCGAAAAUUUCCGGUAAUCUAUAUGAAAGGUUUAUUUUGAAAUAUGGUUCAAAGGAACAUUUGUAGAGACAUCGUUGGAGAGAUUUUCUUUAUGGUAAAGAUAAGGAUGGAAUAUGGCAAUACAAAUAUAAGCGUGUGUGAUUAACCGAACAUACUUCAUAGAUUUCUUGUGUCAAGGACGGGUUUCAUCUUAAUAUUUUCGUAGAUUUUAUUUUAACCUCACGAGUACAUAAUGCCAUAGAAAAACAAAGUAUAAUUUUAAAGCAUUUACGAAUUUUACAAAUUUGUAGUUAAUAAUAUGCUUGGGAUUUUAUGAUUGUGCCGAUCUGGUAACACUUGAUACUUUGCGUCAUAUAUUUGUAUGAAAAAUUAUUAUUUUUGUUGUUGACCUGAUAUUUCAGGUCUAGUGACUUCAAUUUCUUAGCGAUGGAUACAGAAUUUGUAGUUCUGUCAAUAUCGGUAGCGCCGAUGACGCAUUAUGUGACGUACGAAAUUUUUUAUACAUUUGACAGUGACGUAGAGUUGUCAAACUCUUCAAGGUUUUAAAAAAGUAAUCAAGUUGUAGAGUAGAUCGGUGGAAUCAGCUCUGCAUAGUUUAGUUAGAAGAUAGCGUGAUAUCCUUAAGGACUUUGCUUAGUGUAACAUUUAUACACUUGCAAUCACUUAAAUGGUUUUGAUUAAUAGGAAAUUAUUAAAAACUGCUUUUUAUCCUAAUAUUUUAUUUAUUAUAAAACUAUCUAAGAAACUUAGCACGAACUAUGCGAUAGUUCUAGAAAUUAGUACCCAACGAUGCAUAUUUAGAAAUUAUACUAAAAAUAUAGUUGGUGCUUCCGAUUUAGUUCCAAAGAAGCACGGGGAUCUUCAACAAUCCAUAAGGUUUUCUGAUUAUAUUAUUUUGUACGAACGUAUUGUGUUUGUGCUAAGGGUCAAGAUAUAAUUUAAAUUUACACUUUGUAUGGCGGCAAGCUAUAACAACAAAUUACACAGAUUGUGGUGAUCUUGGACCGGUCAAAGUUGAGCUAUGAUUGUCUGUCUUGCUUAUUCCCAUAUAUAAUAAGCAGGAUGGCAAUGCUUACACAUCUGCCAGUAUAUUUCUGAACUGUUAUUUAUUGUUGUUAAUUUUUAUACGCUUUGUAAAACAGUUUACAUAGUUUUUUGUUUAUUUUAUUUCCCUGCACAAUAUGAAAUUAUAGUUUUCAGUGAUAAGUAGGUAUUACAAGGGUUUUUGCGGGAAUUGUGCGAUUUUUAUUUUGUACUUUUAUUGUUUUUAUAAGGCGAAUGUUCCACGGCACUUGAAAAUUUGGUGCUUGUCACUUUUUAGAUAUAGAAGCUUUAUGAAGUUUUAAAAUGUUUUCCCGAAUUGUAAAUAUUCCAUAACAUAUUUUUAAUCUUAUGCUGAUACUAUUAUCAUGUAAAUGCAAACUGUUGAGUACUAAUUGUUUAUAGUAAAGUGAUAUACAUAUUUAAAUAAGCUUCCCUGUUAGAGAGAGUUACCAUAGACAAUGUUUUGUAUAAAAUCCAUGUUUUGCAUUUUAUUAACCAUUAAACGCCUUUAUACAUUAAUAUUUAUUUUUACAAUAUACGAAGAGACACAAUAUGCAAAGAAAUUAUGAAUGUAUCAUGGUUGUGAGUGUAAGAAAAUAAACGUAGCAUUUAACAAUGGUAUAGACUAGUAAAUGGUUGAGGACGGCUUGAAUAUAUUAUAAAAUCAAAUGUUUUAACUAUUUGAUUACAUACAUAUUGUGUUUCAUACGCAUUUGGCAUUUAAAUAGUUGCAUUUACAUGAAAUAGUUAAGCCUAGCUCGUAGCUAGAACAAAUUAACAAUUAUCACAGUACAUAAUUGAGAAUAUAUUUUUGUGGGAUGUUUUGUGGUCAAAAAUAAAAGCCGACUGUAUUAUCACAAUAAGUAUGUUUAAUAUUAAUGGAUUGGAAACAGACAACAUGCAAUUAUUAAUUUGUAUUUUGUGGGCAAAUAAAGCGUUAAUGCGUCAUA